AUGUUUGGUAUUCUGUCGGCCAUCUUUACCAAACUUCUCGGGGUUCUCAAGACGAUGGCCCAAAUAGGCAUCUCGUUAGGGGCUUUAGUUCUCCUAGGACUCUAUACUUAUCAGAACACAUUGAUCUAUCCAGCCUCUCUCAACGAUGGACAUGGACAUUGCGCCACGCCCGAUGAGUACGACAUGCCAGAUUACGAUCUUGUUAACUUGCGUACGGAAGAUGGGGAAACUUUGCAAUGCUACCUGUUGAAACACGAUCGUACUUCUCCAGACUAUGCCAACAAAACCAUCUUGAUACUAUCACCCAAUGCUGGCAACAUUGGCCAUGCCUUGCCAAUUGUUUCGAUAUUCUACCGCAACUUCGGAUACAAUGUCUUUAUCUACUCUUACCGUGGAUACGGUCGGUCUACGGGCAAAGCUUCCGAAAAAGGCUUGAAGAUAGAUGCUCAAACGGUGAUGCAAUAUUUGACUGAGGAAGACGAACAGUACCUGCAAUCGUCGUUGGUUCUCUACGGUCGUUCAUUGGGUGGUGCUGUAGCUAUUUAUAUUGCAGCUACGAUGUCGAAAUCCAUUUGUGCUGUCAUCUUGGAGAACACCUUUCUCUCUAUUCGUAAAACAGUUCCACAUGUAUUUCCUUUGCUCAAGUACUUCACCAGUUUCGUACACCAGCAUUGGGAUCUGGAGUCGCUUGUUCCUCUAAUUCCAGCCAGUAUACCUGUGUUACUUUUGAGUGCUCGUAAAGACGAAAUCGUACCUCCAGAGCAUAUGGACAGAAUCAAUGCUUUGCUGAAAAGUGAAGACAAGACCUUCUACACAUUUGAAAACUCGGCUCACAAUGACACUGUGAUCCAGCCCGAAUAUUGGAACUACAUUCAGGUAUUUAUCCAGGACAAAGUUAACCCUGUGGGGUAUUAG